UAGCUUGCACAAGUGGAAUGCCGCUUGCUGAAUUGCGUGCAACGUAUGUGUUUGUAACCAUCCCAAGUUUCUGAAAUCACCUCUGCUGUCACCGCCCGCCCUGCUACAGACACGUGAUCAAUGACGGCUUUGGCCAGCCAUGGCUGUCGUGUCAUGGAAGGAGAUUUUACUUUUGACUGGACUGGUGGUGGGAUGUUACUGGAACAGUCUGUCUUGCGGCUUUGUGUUUGAUGAUGUCUCAGCAAUCCUUGACAACAAGGACCUACGGCCCUCAACCCCUCUCCGCAACCUAUUCCUCAAUGACUUCUGGGGAACGCCCAUGGCUGAGGAGCGGAGCCAUAAAUCUUACCGACCCCUCACUGUAUUCACCUUCCGACUGAACUACCUCUUCAGUGAGCUGAGUGCAGCUUCCUACCAUCUCUUCAAUGUGGUUUUACACGGCGUAGUAUGUGUGCUUUUCCUGCGAGUGUGCCGAUUGUUCCUGGACAAGACUUCCAGCUUGGUGGCAGCUUUGCUGUUUGCUGUGCAUCCCAUCCAUACUGAAGCUGUCACAGGUGUGGUUGGCAGAGCUGAGCUUCUGUCUUCAAUCUUCCUUCUGGCUGCUUUCCUGGCCUACACAAAAUCAACAGGUGCAGACCACUCCAUUGUUUGGGCUCCCAUCGCUUUGACAGUCGUUCUCGUGGCUGCAGCGACACUGUGUAAGGAGCAGGGAAUCACUGUCGUCGGCAUCUGCUGCGUCCAUGAAGUGUUCGUUGCACAAGGGUUUACCUUGCCCAUGCUGUUGGACACACUGCGGCAAGUCCUGCAGGGUAAAGACGGUUUCCCCUACGCUGUCCUGCAAACUCUGCUGAAGCUCAUUGUGCUCAUCAUCAGCACCCUGCUGCUUGUCAUCAUCAGAGUCCAAGUCAUCCAGUCUCAGCUUCCCGUCUUCACCAGAUUUGAUAACCCAGCAGCAGUCAGCCCCACUCCCACAAGACAACUGACUUUCAACUACCUACUUCCUGUGAAUGCAUGGCUUCUGCUGAAUCCCUCAGAGCUCUGCUGCGACUGGACCAUGGGCACCAUCCCCCUGGUGGAGUCGCUCCUCGACCUCCGUAACCUGGCCACUCUGCUCUUCUACUCUUUCCUGGCCCUGCUGGCGUACCACAGCCUGCGCUACAGACACAGCUCUGCCAAGACUGUCAUCAUGGCCCUGUCUUUGAUCGUCCUGCCUUUUAUACCUGCGUCCAACCUCUUCUUCCCUGUGGGCUUUGUCGUGGCAGAGAGGGUGCUGUACGUACCCAGUAUGGGCUUCUGUGUUCUCGUUGCACACGGGUUUAAGAUUGUUUCGCAUAAAGGUCACUUGAAGAAGAUUUCCUGGUUGAUGAUUGGAGUGCUCUUAACUACGCAUGCAGUGAAAACCUUCAACAGGAAUUGGGACUGGGAGUCAGAAUACACUCUAUUCACGUCUGCCCUGAAGGUAAACAAAAACAACGCCAAGUUGUGGAACAAUGUUGGCCACGCUCUAGAGAAUCAAAAUAAUUAUGCCAAGGCACUGCGGUACUUUCUCCAGGCCACUCGUGUUCAGCCAGAUGACAUCGGUGCUCACAUGAAUGUUGGAAGAACCUACAAGAACCUGAACAAGUCCAAAGAGGCAGAAGAUGCCUACUUGGUUGCCAAAUCCCUCAUGCCACAGGUCAUUCCUGGUAAGAAGUAUGCGACACGUGUGGCCCCUAACCAUCUGAAUGUUUACAUAAACCUGGCCAAUCUUAUCCGGGCCAACGAAUCCCGCCUAGAGGAGGCCGACCAGCUCUACCGACAAGCAAUCAGCAUGAGACCAGACUUCAAACAAGCCUACAUUAGCAGAGGGGAGCUACUGCUAAAGAUGAACAAGCUGACUGAGGCCCGGGACGCCUACCUCCGAGCCUUGGAGCUCGACCGCACCAACGCCGAUUUGUGGUACAACCUGGCCAUCGUCAACAUUGAGAUGAAGGACCCUUCAGAAGCCCUGAAGAACUUCAACCACGCCCUGGAGCUCAACCCCCGCCACAAGCUGGCGCUCUUCAACUCAGCACUCCUCAUGCAGGAGUCUGGUGAGCCAAAGUUCUGGCCUGAGGCUAACCGUCGCUUCCUCACCUAUGUGGAGGAGGAGCCUGACGAUGCCAAUGGCUACUUCAACCUUGGCAUGCUGGCCAUGGAUGCCAAUGAAAAUGCAGCAGCGGAGCGGUGGAUGCGUAAAGCCAUUGGUUUGCAGGCCGGCUUCCGCAGUGCCCUGUUUAACCUGGCGUUGCUUUACUCUCAGUCCAAACGCGAGGUGGAUGCUCUGCCUGUGUUGGACGAGCUACUGCGCUACCACCCAGAGCACAUCAAGGGCCUGAUUCUAAAGGGCGACAUCCUCAUGAACCACAAGAAAGACACCCGUGGUGCUAAAAUCUGCUUCGAGCGCAUCUUGCGGAUGGACCCCACCAAUGUGCAAGGCAAGCACAACUUGUGCGUGGUCUACUUUGAGGAGCGUGACCUGCCACGGGCCGAGCGAUGCUUGGAGGAGACGCUGGCCCUGGCGCCAAACGAGGAGUAUGUGCGUCGUCACUUGAGCAUUGUGCGAAGCAAAAUGGCUGCCAUGAGCGCAGCCGGGCAGCCACUUACUUCAUCAGAGGGUGCCACUGUGACAGCUAAGGAGGAAAAGCCGAAGAGAGUUAGGGAGGGAGCGGAGGAAGUUGCUCAGGGUGAGGAGGAAGGGAGGGUUGCUGAGACUGUUGGAAAGGGGGCUGAGGAUGACAAGAAUGUGCGGAAAUCCUCUGCAGAAAGCCUCGAAGGUGUGGCCGUGGACCAAUCAGAGUCUUUGGACAGUAGCCAGUCUGACAAGCGGACUAAGGGUAAGUCCACUAAAGAGAUUAAAGAUAUAGAGAAAAAAAGGGCAGCUGCCUUGAAGAGACUAGAGGAGAUUGAGCGCAUAUUAAGUGGUGAUUGACAUUGUUGUAAUUUAUAGCUGGACUACUUUUAUAGAGCUCUUUAAUGCUCCAGGAUAAGACUGCAUUUUCCCCCUCUUAGAAAUAUGUAUUCUUAAUCAGUUGCCAUUUUAUUUCUUUUGAUUUAAUCACGUGUUUGCAGACCGCUCAGCAUGGUCCUGCUCUAACACUAAUCCUAUAAAGAAGGGAAAUGUUGAUCUGCACAUGAAACUCAACAAUAAGCACAAAGCCAAUUUGGGAUGAUCUAUUUAAAGCUUAUGGCAGAUGUAGAUGCCUAUGUGUGUGCUUCAUCUGAACGUGAUUUCACAUAUCAUAGUUAUAAAUAUUUGUUUUGUUUUUCCAAGUGUAGUCAUUGUUUAUCACUGGAUUUUUUUUUAUCACUAAAGAUGUGACUCACUCACUGUGUGUUAUUGUUUUUAAAAACAGAAUGAUUGUAUCAUGGACAAUUAAAGGAAAUGACGUGGUCCCCAAGAUUUCCUCCAGGCAGGAUGAUAUCUGCAGAGUUUGUGCCUCUAAAUAACCCAAACCACACAGAGAAAAAUAACCUUCCUCACUACUUCAACACCAGGCUUAUGUUCCCUUUCAACAAUGUCUGCUAAUCUUUAUUGAUCUCACCCGGCACUUCCUGCCACUACAUCAUCAGCCCCUGUGCUCGCAGCUGCCUCAAAAUUUCAUUGUGAUCCCAUCUAAAAGACUGUUAUCUCAUUCCCUUGGUCACAUUACCCCCUCAGAUCUCCACGCCUGUCUGCCAUCCUUCAGACACUACAGCCUAAUUAGAGUUGAUUUUUUUUUUUUUUUUCUCCCUUCCUCUGCUUUUCUUGGUAAACUGUCCCAUACACAUGGCUUUGACCUGGGCAACACCCAUUUUAUGUGACGGUCAACAAUGACGCACUUUCAUCCUCAGCGUCAGGCUUCAUCAUGUGUUCUUCAUUUUCCAAAGUUCCUUCCACUUCAUAGGGGGAAUUUUCACAGCACAUUUGCAGAAAACAGACCUUCUCCUUCAUCCUGCUCAGCAGAGGAGAUGAUGUUUUAGUUUACUGGCACUAAAAUAUCAUUGGGAUGUUCCACAUUUUCAAGUUUUUGUAGUAGCUGAAUCGAAAAAUAAUCCCUCUGUAGUUACUACCACUGUUCAAAACUGCUACAGGCAAGUACACAAAUUAAGACUUGAAAAGAAAUGAGAGAUGCACAAAUGUCUCCUGCCCCUGUUUCCUCAGGCUUUUCUCACCACGACGCCACUAUAAAACCCAGCGCCUGCUUGGCUGCUUACCAAGAGGUCUGAUGAUUUAAACAAUAUUCUCCUCUGAUUGAGAGCCCUUGAAGAAAUAGGCCAAUAACUGAUCAUCAAAACACUACUGUGACUGCACAAAUGGUUAACAGCGUAGCCCCAUUGGGAGCCCUGAUAGUCAGUAACUUGACAUGAGCAGACUUGAUUGGGGCUGUGAGGCAAGUCAGCAGUGUCCAAUUCAUCACGCUCAUUAAAAAGCAAAUUAAGUGGAAGUGUUUCUUUCUUCUGAGCUGAUGUUAUUGUCUUCACAGCUCCCAUGAUGUUCCUGUUUUCGCUUCACAGUGCAAUAAUGUGUUUCAGUGCGAUGACUCUGCUCAGUGCAAUUCUUCAAAGUAGAAUUAAGGAGAGAAGACUGAUUACUGUAAGUUCGGAGCACUGUGGUGGUACUAAUUAGCCUUGCUAUGCAUUGACCUUGUUUAGCCCUGAUAAUUCUAUGUACAUAUAUUUACAAUGUACUUGUAUCCAGUGUUAUUUAUUAUUUUUAUAUGCACUGCAAAUGCUGUAGAUGUUUUUUUUUGGGGUUUACCAAUGCUUUAAAUUCAUGGUGCAUUAUUUUGUCUCUACUAAUUUUCAACAUGUACUGUCACUUGUAAAACGUGUUAUGUAUGUUUUUCACCUUUAAAAUGUGUCCUUUUUUUUUUUUUUCAUUUUUUCAAACAACCUGUCAGUGUGAAACAUGUAUGAAACAUUCAACCAACUGCCUGUCUACCCCAAAACAAGUAGGUACAGCUUUGAAUGAGGAAGCAGUUUGCAACAUUAUUCUUUUUCACUUCAUUUUGCUGAGUGACUGGUUUUUGUACGAUUUAAGAUUUUUUUUUUUAUGCAAUAGCCCUUGGUGGUGGGGGUCUAGGUUAUUAAAUAAAGUGAGAUGACAACUCA